AUGGCGGCUGCUCCUGAGAAGAGGCAGUCUACUGCCAGCGUUCGCCUCACUCGAGAGGUGACCAUCGAGAUUUCCGUGCCUGACAAGGCUCUCACCCCAACUGUGGGCGUCUAUGCCGUUCCGACCAACGCCACGUCGGUAACCAGCAUCACAUCGAACCCGCACUCAGACAAGACGACGACCAAUCCCUUUGACGCCGACAUUGAGGCUCUCAACUCGCACAGCUCCCUCGACAAGCCCAUGCGGAAAAGCGUCACACUGGAUGCAAAGAAGGAUUGCCAGGUCUGGCCCGGCAAGGACCAUUGGGAGCGACAGGCCAAGCAGGCCAAGAUGCAGCGCAACAACUGCGCCUGCAUGGCCAAACUGAGCCCUCGCAACAAGAUCAUUGUUAAGGUCCUCAUCAUCGUGCUGGUCGUGGGCGUCGCCGUCAGCGUUGGCUUUGGCAUCAGCAAGCCUCUCGGCGCACCCCUCUGGGGCAAGAAGUCGGACGACUAA